AUGGAGCUUAUCACAAACGUACACCAAGGCUGGCGGUACCUGAUGGACGAGCUGUCGGAUCCUCGGACGCGCGACUGGCCACUGAUGAGCUCUCCCUUUCCCACCAUCGGCAUCAGCCUCUGUUAUGCCUACGGCGUUAAGGUCCUUGGUCCCCGAUUGAUGGAAAACAGGAAACCGUUCGAGCUGCGGAAGGUGCUGAUCGUGUACAACUUCUUGCAGGUGCUCUUCAGCACAUGGUUGUUCUACGAGGCUUGCAUUUCCGGGUGGCUUGCGGGAUACAGCCUGCGCUGCCAGCCGGUCGACUACUCCCGCUCACCGAUGGCCAUGAGGAUGGCUUCCGGAUGCUGGUGGUACUACUUCUCGAAGUUUACUGAGUUCUUCGACACCAUCUUCUUCGUGAUGCGCAAGCGCUAUGACCAGGUGUCGACCCUGCACGUCAUCCACCAUGGUAUAAUGCCGGCAUCGGUCUGGUGGGGAGUCAAAUUCACGCCAGGUGGACACAGCUCAUUCUUCGGACUGUUGAAUACCUUCGUACACAUUUUCAUGUACACCUACUACAUGCUCGCCGCAAUGGGACCGAAGGUGCAGAAGUACCUUUGGUGGAAAAAGUACCUGACCGUGCUGCAGAUGAUCCAGUUCAUUUUCGUGAUGGGUCAUGCCUUCCAGCUGCUGAUCUGGAACGAAUGCAACUACCCGAUCGCGUUCGCCUACUUCAUCGGCGCCCACGCCGUCAUGUUCUACUUCCUGUUCUCGAACUUCUACAAACAGGCGUACACCGUUCGAAAACAGGCCAAAAAAGCGAAGGCUGAACAGAUGGCCCUUGCCAACGGCAAUCUGGAGUCCGUUCCGAACAAGAACUUCACCAACGGGCAUGCGGAAACGGUCGAAAACGGAAAGCCAGACUUUUACCAGACGAUCGACAAAACGGUCGGUGACAGCUACUCUACGACGCGGCAUCGUGCGUAUGUCGGAUUCGGUAGUAACUAA